AUUUGGCGCCUUUACGAAACAAACAUUAAAUCCUACCCUCGUCGUGUCUUAAGUUUGUGAAUAUUUUCAGUUAAUUUUAAGUUUAGUGUAAUUGAUUCUUGCAAUUGACCCACUUGUGAAAUGGAUGUUUUGAAAUUAUUUGAGUGGGAGAAAACCAUAAAGGCUAUCAAACAUCUAGAGAGUCUUUUGCUGUGUAGUGUAUGCAAGGAAAUAGCUGAGGAUGCAAAAUGUCUUGGGCGCUGUGAACAUUUUUUAUGUGCCAAGUGUGUGGAUACUAUACAAAAUGGGACUUGUCCAAAAUGUAAAAUUCCUGCUCCACCUUGUGAAAUGCAACCAGAUCGCAUCAUUUCUGAACUUGUUACAUCAGUGAAAGAUUUACGACACCUUCUUGAUGGUGGGGAGAUAAUGAGAGUUGAGCAAGGAAUUGAAGCUCCAUUAUUACCAAUGUUACCAUGCACACCUAAGAACCAAAUAUCCAAACCUCGUCCAAGCAUAGUUACAAAAGCUAAAAAAAACCAGCUAGUCAGUAAAAGUAUUGAAAAAGAUGAUAAAGCAACACUUACAAAGACAAGUACAGCAAAGUCUAAAAAAGAUACAAAUAACAGUAAAGUUAAACCAAAAACAAAGACACCUAGUAGAACUACAAAGGAUAAAAGUUUAAAUAAAUCAACAGUACCCAUUACUGCUACAAAGAUUGAUAUGCAGGCAGUUACACCAGAAGGGAAGAAGUUUUUAAAAGUUACUAACUUGAGUGCCCUUGGCAUGAGCCCAAGUGCUCCAUCUAUCAAUAAGCGGAAUUCUAAAGGAGAGACCAUGCUUCAUAUUGCUUGUAUUAAGGGAGAUGCUGACAAAGUAAAAGCACUUUUAGAAGAUGGAGCUAAUCCCAAUUCAAAAGACAAUGCAGGAUGGACUCCUUUGCAUGAAGCAUGUAGCCAUGGGUUUCACAACAUUGCUGAAAUGCUUUUACAACAUGGUGCCAUUGUUGAUGUACCUGGUGGGGGAAGUGAUGAAAAUCCACUUCAUGACGCUGUUACACAAGGUCAUAUAGAACUGAUCAAACUCCUUAGGUCAUGGGGAGCAAGUGAUACAGCAAGAGAUCGGCAAGGGCAUACCCCUAGGUCACUAGCAUCGUUAUGCAUGGGAAGUGAAGAAAUAAUUGCUGCUCUAGAUACUCCCAUGAACAGUAUGAUUAAAAAACCACCUGUGAUGCCCCCUUUCUUGGAGAAGAUGGUUCUCUUAGGUUCUGGAUUAAGUACAUCCCAGUCCAAGAAUUUAGAGCAGUUUUCCAGGAUGCUGAAGGCCCGCUUAGUUUCAGAGUUCAGUUCAGAGGUGUCACACAUCAUCGUUAACUGCACAUCUGAUAGAGUUGUUUUUCAUAAGACACCGGAGUACUUGAUGGGGAUUGCUUCUGGCAAGUGGAUAGUCUCACAGAAUUGGAUGGAUGAAUGUCUUGCUCAAGGAAUGGCUUUGAAUCCAGAGUCUUAUCAAGUUCAAGGAAGUAACGAAGGUUUGAAUAGAGAUGCUCCUAAACGUGCAAGGAUGAAUGCAGCCAAAAUGCGUCCAGGAUUGUUCAGCGGCAUCCACAUAUUUUUAUGGGGAAACUUCAAGGAGUCAUUUCGUAACAAAAAAGUACUUGAGUGUUUGGUCAAAGCAGGAAAUGGAAUAGUUCUAGGCCGAGAGCCUAACCCAGAAUCUACAGCAGGCAUGAGAACAGUGCCUUAUCAUACACAACCUAAUGAUACUUUAGGUAGUUGCUCUCACAUUAUAUUAUAUCAAGAAGGUUCAGUUGAACCUCAAAUUAAGUAUAAUAUGGAACAUAUCAAAACCCUUCCAGUCUCAUGGUUUGUUAACUGUAUUGAGGCUUUUACUAUUUUAACACCACCUAAACAUCCUUAGGUCUAUGUGCCUUAGAUUAUCUGCAUUGAAAAAUGCUUUAGUAUUUGUAAGAGUAGCUUAGUAGUCCAAUUAAACUAUGUAUACAUAUGUCUAUACGGUGCUCACUAAGAUUAAAUUUGUAAAGAUUUACAGUGUUCUAGUUAUGUUUUAUUUGUUUAUGUAAGCUUUUUGAUAGCGUAAUCGCUGUUUUCGUCCUCACCCUCCGUGGUGACUAGACUAAUAUCAAAGAAAUAUCUCUUAGCCUGGUCAUGUAGCUGGGUAUUGUGUCAUAAUGAUAAACACUGUGACAUGUGAUAGAGUAUAAUGGACUCAAAGACAAGAGGGCAUUUUCUAUCAUCUUCAGCGUGGUUGGUGUUAUCUUAUGGUCUCGUGUUUGCUAUUUGUAAAAAGUGCAAAAUUUGAAAAAUUUGUUUUUUAUCCAGAAGUUUUAGCUAAUUAAAUAUUCCACAAUAGAGUAGGCAGUAGCCUACAUGAGAUGAUAGCCUAACACUGAAAGACGCAUACUGACACAUCCCUAUUGGCACUCCCUUCCACCCCUUCCUAGGGUUCCGAAUAGAAAAAGUCAUGCCUUUUGGGCUAAACAUUUCCCCAAGAAUUUUUACCAAAUUAGUAACGGUAGUUGUCCAGGAACUCAGAAAGACGGAAUACAACUAAUAGCUAACCUAGACGACUGGUUAAUCUGGGGGUACAAGAAAAGAGUGCUUGGAAAACCUAAGAGCAAUGAUCAACUGACUCCAGUCAAAAGGUUUUAUAAUAAAUUGGAAAAAUUUGGUUUUAUGUCAGACCAGAAAUGUUUUAGUUUUUCUCUCUGGGUUGUGGGAAUUAAGAAUUUUGAGAGCAUAAGCCUUUUGUUACCUAUCAAUUUCUUUAUUAAACUCCUUUGAGGAUGAAGACAGCGACUACAUUAUAAAAAUACUGAUUUUGAUGUAGGAAAAACCAGUUUUUGAUAGUCACUGUUGAGUCCUAAAGGCAUGGGAUGUGGUUAAGGGAUCAUCCUAUGUUGACCAACAGAGUAAUGGUCCAUCUUUUAACCGGCCUGGUUGCAAACAAGAUGGCCGAUGUGCAUGCACAUUAGUCGCUUCUUCCAGAUUUUGACAUGGAAAAAUCUAGUCAUCCUCGCUGAAGAAGCGAGAAAAUGCCCUUUUGUCUUUUGAGUCCAUUAUACUCUGUCACAUGUCAUAGUGUUUAUCAUUAUGACACAAUAGUACCCGGCUACAAGAUCAGGUUGAAAGAUAUUUCUUUGGUAUUAGUCUAGUCACCAUGAAGAGCACUGGCACACCAUGGAGGGUAACUCCUUUGAGGACUAAACAGCGACUACCAAAAAUAGGUUUUUCCUACCUGUUUUUUUCAAACUCAUACUUUGUAUUUAAAAUUUUGUUUUUCUUAGCCUAAAUAUCUAGAAGAAAUACAUUUUAUUGUAGAAAGUAUAAAUUAGAUAUUUUAGUGACAUGUACAUAGUAUAGGGUGCAUACAUUUGAUUUAUAGUUAUUAAAGAUGAUCUUUCAUUAAUUGAAAGUUAAUUUAAAGUAACCUUUCUGUUUAGUGUAUGAAUUAUCAAUUCAUAUACUGCAGACUUUUAUGUUUAUGUGGAUACAAACCCUGGUAUUUUGGUGCUCUUAUAUUUAAAGGGUUGGGGAGGUAAAUUGUUUUAAAUUAUAAGUGUAUGUAUUACCAUCUUUUGUAUGCUGCCAGUCUACUCUUGUAUUAUUUUGCUUUUAAAUAUAAUGUAUAUACUAUGUAAUGAUAAGGGACCAAAAUUCCUCCCUAUUUUGUAAAGAGUUAGUAGAACGUUAUUAGAGCUGUUUAGAUUACAUGUUCUGACCCAUACAUUAUGUAACUUCAGUGAAUAUCCUUGCAUAAUGAAUGGUCCUAUGCACCUCCUAAACAGUGAAGGAAGUCAUAACCUGGAGUCUUGCUUUCUUGAUAAGAAGUAUGACACCAUGCCACAAAUGGAUGGCAUGGGCUAAUUAAUUUAUUUUGUUUUGGGCCGUAACUAACCAAACCAUGAUUUUGCCUGCCUCAGGUGCAUAUUAAGCUGUGACUAAGUGGUACAAUUGUACUAAUUUAUAGUACGUAAUUAUAAUAACCAGUCCCUGCCUCCUUGCCAGUUUCUUCUAUAGCAGUUUGUGCUAUUCGUCCACAUGUUUUGCCAUCUCAAUGUUUUUCAACACAGGAUUCUAUUUUAUACGGUAGCCAACCUCAUGACCAUUUUAUUGUGAAAGAACAAAAUUUUAUAUUUUUUAAGGAGGUGCUGAGAUGUGCCUGGCUCGCUAAAACAAGCUUGACCUAGUGAUAAAAGGUUGAUGUAAUGGACUUCUUUUAAAUGAAGACAAACUUGUCUCAAAAUUAGGCAGAUUGAUUCAUGAAAAUAUGAUAUUGGUUUAUGCUAUUUUAUGUAUGUAUUAUUCAGCAAACAUUCUUAUAAAAAGCAAAAGGCUAUGAAUUUAGAAUUAUGAUUCUACAGAGUAGCAUGCCUUUAUGCUGAAAAAGGAUAGUUUAAGAAGUGAAGGAAAGGAGUAGAAUGGAAUAAAUAUGUACAUGUAUUAGGUAAAAAAAUAAAUGUGAAUAUUAGCUGUAUAAUUUAUAA